UGGAUGAUCCAGAAACCCCACAAGGUUGCUACCUUCUUCGGGUGCAUCGGAACGGACCACUUCGGGGAGAUCCUGAAGAAGAAGGCCGAGGAAGCCCACGUCGACGCGCAUUACUACGAACAGAACGAGGAGCCAACCGGUACCUGUGCGGCCUGCAUCACCGGAGACAAUAGGUCCCUCGUCGCUAACCUGGCAGCGGCAAACUGCUACAAAAAGGAAAAACACCUGGACUUGGACAGCAACUGGGAUCUGGUGAAGAAAGCCAAGGUCUAUUAUAUUGCGGGUUUCUUCCUGACUGUGUCCCCGGAGUCCAUCCUGAAAGUGGCGAAGCACGCCUCAGAUAACAACAAAAUCUUCUGCAUGAACCUCUCGGCUCCUUUCAUCAGCCAGUUCUUUAAAGAGCCCUUGAUGCAGGUCAUGCCCUAUGUCGACAUCUUGUUUGGCAACGAGACGGAGGCGGCCACAUUUGCCAAAGUGCUGGGCUUUGAGACAGAGGACAUUGCAGAGAUUGCAAAGAGGACCCAAAACCUCCCCAAGGACAAUACGAAGAGGCAACGAGUGGUGGUCUUCACCCAGGGCAAGGACGACACUGUUGCAACAGUUGGUGAGAGGGUGACCAUGUUCCCCGUGCUUGACAUCGACCAGAAUGACAUCGUGGACACUAAUGGAGCCGGAGACGCCUUUGUGGGAGGGUUUCUCUCUGCGUUGGUGCUAGAGCACCCAUUGGAGGAGUGCAUCCGCGCGGGACACUACGCGGCCAACGUCAUCAUCAGACGGGUCGGGUGCACCUUCCCAGAGAAGCCAGACUUUCAGUGAUGCAUCCAUCUAUGCAUAAUUUGUCUUUUCCACAAGAUACUUGUAAAUGUUCGCUUCAGGAAUUAAUGUACUUUUUUUCUAUUUACAGUAACUGACUACAUUGGACUUAAUGGUGCAGCUUGAAUAUUAAUCAAACUCAAAUAAGCAACUCCGAUGUGUUAAUCGCUUUAAACACUGUGCUGCUAACAAAGGUUAGAAUCAUAUAGUUGGGAGUAUUCCACUGAAAACCUGUUUUUUUUGUUUGUUUUGUUUUUCAAACUGAUUACUUAUAGGCCUAAAAGAUGUCACCACAUGUGUAGAAACUUCUUGUUUUUCUUUAUGUUUUACUCAGGACGUCCACAACAGAGCAACACACUCUCGUUCUGUCUCCUCAUUGCUCUGAAAGUUGGUACAAGUAGUCAUUGGGAUUUCAUUUUUUGAAUUUCUGUUUUGCAAUAUAUACUAAGGUUAUACGAACUGACCAAGGGUGGAGAAGUACAUUAUCCCGCAGGAUAGGUUUAAAAAAAAAAAAGUUUGUGUUUUUGCUGUCAAGAGAAGGACGGCUGAUGUGGUCAGAAUCGAUUUGACCCAGAGUCAUGGCCAAAAAAAACAAACAAAAAACUUUCACAGCAACUUUUCAAAACAUUCCUACUUGCACGACUAAUUUCUCCGCUCUUUUUGACUAUCUUCAAGAUAAUAAUCCUCAUUCUGAUAACUGCUUAUUAUACUUGUUCCUUUGGAGUUUUUUCAUCCAUGAGAAGACUUAAUGUGGUGUUUUUAGAAGUGCCAAGAAUCAGUGCCAUCCUUCACACAGGAGAAAGUUACAAACUUUUACAGCCUUCUUUCAAGCCCGCAGGCACUGAGCGUUGUGAUACUAUAUGCUAAUAAAAGAAGUACAUUUUCAGUUGAGUGCUUCUUUAACACUCAGCUGACAUACUGUGGAAAUAAGGGAACGGGUCUUCGUUACUUGUCUCUCUCAGUUCUUAGAAGUGAAAGUUUCACUGGGAAAAGUGUGGGAAAAAUGUCUUUUGUUAUUACACAAAUAAAAGAAUAUCAAACUCA